UAGAAAUGGCUAAUGGCGAUAAAAAGUGAUCUUGUUUUUUUUAUUAAUUGUUGCAUGUUGUGAAAUGGAAAACCUUUUGUUGUAGAUAUCAUAUUUGUCCCUUAACUUUAAAUACGUGUAAUUUUUAUACAUAAACUAAAAUGUCACCUCGAAAACAGCCCAAUACCUUGUUCAAAUUAUGCGUUAAGACUUGUAUUAGUUUAAUUAAUUCAGCUUGUUACGUUAUUGAAAAGAGUUAUCCAGAAAAUAAAUUUGGGGAUUGUGAACGGGAGGCGUAUGCAUUAAAAUGCCAUUUGAUGUCUAUGCUACCUGCCAGGUUGUUCGAUGUUCUUUGUUUAGAAAGAACCUGUUGCCAGUAUCGUGGUGAUCCCCGAAUACAACUUCAUGUUUUGACACAUCCUAAAAUGACAGUCUUCCGCAAAUGUGAUCUAGACAAUGGUAUACCACAACAUUUUUGGAUACAGAACCUCCCAAAUUUCACUCGCUUAGUUGUUCUAGAUCUUAAAUUUGUCUGUACAGAUGAAAUUCUACAAAUUGUCGGUUCAAAUUGCUUGCUACUUGAAGAGAUUAAUAUUGUUUCAAAAGUUGAUAUUGGCAAAUCGCUUAUCAACGCUUCCGUUUUAAUUAGAAACGUUUCAGAUGCUGGUCUAUAUUCAAUAGUGAAUUUAAAACAGUUACGCAUACUUGCAAUGGAUCCACCUCGUAACGAGCGAGCCAAUAGAAUAGGACGAUGCGUUUCACAAGCUGGCAUUAUAAUGUUGAUCAGUGAACUUCCUUAUUUAGAAGAGUUGAGGAUUGAAUCUUGCGAUAUUGGAGCCACUUUAAUCACAACCGUUGUAGAUAUUGGUCCUUUAAGUUUAAAAAAAAUCAAUUGCCACUUUGCUUCAGGUGAGGGUAUCAAAAAAUUAAUUAAAAUCUGUCCCUAUUUAAAGGAACUAUCCGUCACUCAUCUAUCAGCUCAUAAUAAAGAUGCUAUUUUAGAGCAACUUGCAUUAAGUGAUUUGAGAUUAACACGUUUAGAUUUAUCAUUUUUUUUCUACUCUGACUCUAUGCAACGGCUCUUAGCUGUCAAAGGAAGUUAUUUGACCCAUUUCUCUCUUUGGGAGAUAGAACAUUCUCUAACUUUAGAAGCGAUAGUCUCUAUUGGUGUACACUGUCCCAAUCUAGUCACCCUUUGUCUCAUGACCCAGUCUAAAUGUUUAGUCACACCCAGAUAUUUUAAAAAACCCGACAAUAUAUUUAGACAGCUCAGAAAUUUGACAAUAGGUAAUGAUAACUACAAUAUCCACAGUAUUUUGACAUUCUUCCUUGACUGCACAGAUAAUUUACAGAAGUUGAUUUUAAAAUAUCAAACGAAAAUAAAUAUUGAUGACACUCUGUUACAGUUGAUACAAAAAGGUAAAUUAAAAAAAUUAAAUUGUCUAUGGUUGGACUGUACUUUGGAAGUAUCAAAGGAGGUAGUUAAACAAGUGAUACAGCAUUGCGAACACCUUCAGAUGUUCACUGUAGAUUUUACCGAGGACAUAAGCGAUAUGCAGAAAUACAUAUGUGAAAACAACUUGGAUAUCAAGCUUGGUGGUUAUUAGCCUUUAAUAUGUAUUUUUAUGUGUUUCGCUUAUAGAUAAAUAUAAGGUUAUUUU